AUGGUCGACUCCAACGGCCGCAACGAAAAGCAGAAAAUGGCCAUUCCUCGGCUCCAGCCACGCCCCGGGUUGAAUACAAGAGACCAAGAAGAUCAGGCGUUUGUAAGCGGCUCUAUCGGAUCUGACCAAAGCCUUGACAACUUGUUUGAGGACUUGACUCGGAGUCACAGAUCGAGAGAAACUGGCUACGUGGGUCAAGCCUCCGAGGUCCAGUGGUUACUCAAUGUGCAACGCCAACUGCAAAACAUCAAAGCAGAGCCCUGUAUUCCAACAUACAUCAUACAAAACCCAGAUCGAGAUGCAAAAAGGACGCGGCCUGGAACUAUCGCUGAGCGUACAAGCAAUGCCCUGCAGGUCUCGUCACAGGGCACUUGGAAACACAUGACCGACACCUCAUUCUAUCUCGACAGCUCCGACAUAGCCUCAGACGUAUUCAUAGAUCCCUAUGAACUCCCGAAUGUGGAGACUGCAGAGCGACUUUUCGGCUACUACAUCAAUACAGUCCACUUAUCCUUUCCGCUUGUAAAUGCAAAAUUCGAGCACCAAUUCCGUGCAUAUAUUGAAUCUGUCAGAGAAAAACGCAACUUCAACAUGUCCAAUGCAUGGCGAGCUCAGCUGAACUUGAUCUUCGCGAUAGGCGCAAAGUGUUCUCAUCUUACGAGUGCAGAAUGGAGAGCAGACGAGAGUGAUCAUGGGUAUUAUAUGAUGAGAGCUGUGUAUCUCAUUAGAUUUGAGAGCUAUCUCAGAGUGUUUCCAUCCCCCAGUUUAGAGCUUGUGCAAGCGACUUACUCAAUGUCUUUUUACCUUCUAACAAUCGGCCAUGUGAACAGAGCUUGGGCGUAUAUCGGUGUCUCGCUACGUCACGCUAUUGCUCUCGGCCUGCACCUCCGCAACACAGCCACUGAAUCGGUUCACAUCGAGCAAGAUACGUUGACACACACAUGGUGGACUGCAUACUGCAUCGAGACUCUGAUAAACACUAUCAUGGGCAGGCCUCCAGCAAUUACUGACGAACACUGCACAGUGCCAUUACCUAAUCAUGAGUUUGAAAAGGAUGUGUCAAGCAAGAAGCCAUACCUCGUCUACCGUAUCGAUAUUGCUCGCCUCACAAGAAAGGUUCAGCGGUAUCUAUACUCGCCACAGACUGCUACUCAGUCUUGGGAAUUUGUACAAACGACAAUUUCAGACCUUUUCAAUGACCUCGACAAAUGGAGCACAGCAGCACUUUCCCCGAGCCCCGAAUCACAAUACAGCAGCCGUGCAACCGACUCCAACCGUGAGCAGUUCCUCUUAAGAAUAGAUUACUGGAGCACAAAGAUACUCAUUACACAGCCAUGUCUUCGCAGCUUGGGAUGGCGUGUCGAAAAUCAAAGUAGCACAUCUGCAGAUUUUGAUACAAAUAUGGCUGAUUCAUGCAUUACUGCUGCCUUGGAACUGGAAAAGAUGUUUCCUGUCCAGCUCAACACGAAGUUCGUGUACAAGGAUGGCCCGUGGUGGGCAAUUGUCCAUAUCAUAAUGCAAGCAAUCACAGUCCUGUUGCUGGAAAUGACCUACAACAUGCAAGGCAAAAGAGAACAAAGGUUUCCUGUGAUACCUUCACUACAGAGGUUGCUCGGCUGGUUAAAGGCCAUGCAAGACAGCGAUCCGGUAGCUUCUCGCGCGUACGAUGUCGUUCGGCAAACGCUGAAAUCCUGUUCUCCGCUUUUCCGGGUUCAGGUGGAUGAACUUCUCGCGUUCUCAGAUGCUGGUCACUCGUAACAAUUACUCACUAAGUAGCUGCUAAACGAACAGAAUCGAGUACAUCACCAGUUCAGA